AUGCGACUUGCAACGUCUGCCCUCGUCCGGCCUGGCGUGAGGACACUUUGUCUGCUUACUUUGGCCGGACAGCCCAAAUGCCGUCUCCCACAUCAUCGCGGUCUUCGGCGCGUUGACGACGAUUCGACUCGACACUCUCUCCACGACGUCUCGUCCAGAGACAGCAGAUUUGUUUAUACAAUCACCGACAAACCAACAACAAAUCACAAACCACGACAUGCAGCAUAA